GGCUCGUCUCCGUGUGUCUCUGCUCGGUUCGCUCGUGACGCGUCUCCCGGUAAAAACCCACCGGACUGACGGUUCGUCUCUCCUCUUCACCGGAGCUGCACCGGAGCUGCACCGGAGCUUCAGCGGCACCGCUGCGUCACGGAGCCCCGCUCUCCUGCUGCUCUCUCCGGCCGGACGAGCCGCUGACAGCGCCGGUCCUCAGGAUGAGUCCGGUACCGAGCAGCGGAUAAGGGACCCGGGGACAGGGGAGCAUCUUCCCGGUUGGAGGAGACUGACGCACCGUGUUUUUAAUCUUUUUCUACAAUGUCACCACCAAGGAGACGCGGCUGAGGCUCCCGCUCCGGUCCCCGCUGCCCGGCCCCUGUCAGCUCCUCCUGCCGGUGCGGCUAACGUGAGAUCCGGGAUGAGCGGAACCGGACCUUCCCGUCACUUCUGACCGGGCUUGUGGGGGCGAGGGGUGGAUUCUCUUCGGAUGAGAACCGGUCCCCGGGCCGGAGCGGAGGAGGAGCAGCGGCAGCAGCAGCCACCGGGACCCGAGGUGACAACCUGCUCCCCGGGGGGAGAGAAGCAGCGAGGCGGCCAGAGGACGAUGUGAAGAUGGGCUCAGUGCUCCGGCUCCUGUGGCUCAUCACCGGCUUCAUCCACGGCGGACACGGCCAGGGCGUGUACGCGCCUCCCACAGUGCGGAUCGUGCACUCAGGUCAGGCCUGUAACGUGGAGGAGGAGCGCUACAGCGAGAGGGUUUUCACCAUCAGAGAGGGAAAGACUCUGGAGCUGCAGUGUUUGGUGACAGGACACCCCCGACCUCAGAUUCGCUGGACUAAGACUGCGGGCGGAGCCUCGGAGCGCCAGGGCGACGCCUCCCUGCACAACGAGACUCUGAGGAUAGAAACCAUCAGCCGCCACCAGGGGGGGCGCUACUACUGCAAAGCUGAGAACGGACUGGGGUCACCGGCCAUCCGCUCCGUACGAGUCGACGUCUACUACCUGGAUGACCCGGUGAUCACAGUACAUCAGAGUGUCGGUGAGGCGAAGGAGCAGUUCUACUUUGAGAGGACGGUGUUUCUUCGCUGCGUGGCCAACUCCAACCCACCGGUCCACUACACCUGGAGGAGAGGCAGGAGUGUGCUGACGCAGGGAUCCGACUCGGGGGUGGAGAUCUACGAACCGUUUUUCACACAGGGUGAGACAAAGAUCUUGAAGUUGAAGAAUCUUCGUCCUCAGGAUUACGCCGACUACACCUGCAUCUCCUCCAUCAGGAGCGUUUGUGACAUUGGAGACAAGAGCGCCCACUUCAGUCUGAACAACAGAACAGCUCCUCCCUCCAUUAAACUCCUCCUGGACGACCCCCUGGUGGUGAACCCGGGGGAGACGAUCGCUCUGGUGUGCAUGGCUUCAGGUGGAGACCCUCCCCCCACCUUAACCUGGGUGAAGCCCGGAGGGGAGGAGCUCCCGAAGAGGGGCGUUGUCAAUGGUGGAACCCUGACCAUCCCCGCCAUAACUAUUGAUGACGGCGGCGCCUACAGCUGUGUGGCGUCCAACAACGUGGGAAACCCUGCCAAGAAAUCCACCACCAUACUGGUCAGAGGCCUUCGUAAAGGGCGGUUCUGGAUCACGCCGGACCCGUACCACAACGACGACAACAUCCAAAUCGGCCGGGAGGUCAAGAUCAGCUGCCAGGUGGAAGCCACGCCGCCGGAGGAGCUGCAGUUCAGCUGGCUGAAGAACGGCCGGCCGCUGAAGAGCUCCGAGAGGAUGGUCAUCACUCACACCGACACCGACGUGUCGCUGGGAACCACCAACCUCGACAUCAUCGACCUCAAGUUCACAGACUUCGGCACCUACACCUGCGUGGCGUCGCUGAGGAACGGAGGAACCCCCGAGAUCAGCAUCGAUGUCAACAUCUCAUCCACCACAGUUCCUCCAGAGCUGACCGUGCCCAGGGGGCGCUCUCACCUCAUCGCUCAGGAAGGCGACACAGUGGACCUGCAGUGUCUGGUCUCAGGGAAACCCAAACCCAUCAUCCUGUGGUCUCGCAUGGAGGAGAGCGGGGCGGCGGCAGCAGUGGCGGCGGCUCUGAUGCCGGACGGCUCGGCUCAGACAGAGAGCUACGACGGCGUCCUGAGGAUCAGCAACGUGACGAGAGAGAUGAGCGGGACCUACCGCUGCCAGACGAGUCAGUACAACGGCUUCAACGUGAAACCACGACAAGCUCUGAUCCAGCUGGUGGUGCAGUUCGCUCCGGUGGUGGAGCCGGUGUACACGGAGGUCCGCCAGGCUCUGGGUCGGGCCUUCAGCCUCACCUGCCGCCUGCUGCGAGCGCACCCUGCUCGCCUGCUGCGAUACGAGUGGAAGCUGGGCUCCCGCCUCCUGACUGUGGGUCAGUUCAGUGACCAGAGCGACGACACCAGCUACCACGUCCGCGCUCUCAACCGCGAGGGCUACGGCGAGUACACCUGUGACAUCACCAACGAGGCCGGGGCGGGCCGCUGCACUUUCCUGGUCACAGGGAAGGCCUAUGUCCCCGAGUUUUACUACGACACCUUCAGCGCCCUGUGGCAGAACCAGCCCCAAGUCUACGGCUUCAAGCUGCAGUGGACUCAGAUGGAGCCCAACGCUGUGGACCGGAUCCUGGCCUACAGGCUCGGCCUCAGACAGAUGGGUCAGUCUCGCUGGUGGGAGCAGGAGAUUCCCAUGGAGGGAACCAUCCAGAAGGGGGAGCUCUUGACCUACAACCUGACAAAACUCGUCAAACCUGAGUCCUUCCUGGUCCGCCUCACCCCCAUCACCCGCUACGGAGAGGGAGAUGCCACCGAACGCAUCAUCACAUACAGCGCUCCUGUUAAUCCACAUCUCAGGGUUUCAGGGGCCGAGGCGGCGUUAUGUUUGUUCUCUCAGGACAAAACCGAUGAGUUUGACUGGACGCAUCACAGCGCCGCCUCACGAGACACCAAAUACACCCCCAACACCGGGCCGAGCUCCGACCACACCGGCUCAAGCAGGGGUUUCUACAUGUACAUCGAGACGUCGAGGCCGAGGCUGGACGGAGAUAAAGCUCGGCUGCUGUCUCCCACCUUUAACACGAACUCCAAGAGCUCCAGCUCCGCCGCCGCCGUCAGCAACAACCCCGCCUACUGCUUCGCCUUCUUCUACCACAUGUACGGGAAACACAUAGGAGCUCUGAACGUCUUCCUGCGGCAGAAAGGACAGACGGUGACGGACACCUCCGUCUGGACUCUGGCCGGUAACCAAGGAGACCGCUGGAGACAAGCCAAGGUCAACCUCCACCCAACCACAGCCUUCCAGGUGCUGAUGGAGGGGGUGCGAGGCUCUGGGAUCGAGGGAGAUAUCGCCAUCGAUGAUGUAACCAUCGAGGAGGGCGAAUGUAAAGACCCCCCCCCCAACAAUCUGAGGUCGCUGGCCCCGCCCCCUUCGCCCCAUAUAUGGCAGCUGUGCAGCACCCUGAGUCUGGUUCUGAUUGGCCAGCAGAGGUGACCCCCUGCACCACCACCCCUCUCUGUGCGACACCACGACCUUUAAACCCCCACCCUCACACAUACACCCCAUACAACCCCCCCACCCCAAUCUGAGCUGAUUCUGAGUCAGUGACAAGUGUUAAACAUCAUGUGAUCAUGGAACCUGAAAAAUAAGUUGUGUGUGUGUGUGUGUGUGUGUGUGUGUGUGUGUGUGUGUGUGUGUGUGUGUGUGUGUGUGUGUGUGUGUGUGUGUGUGUGUGUGGGAAGUUUCCUCAGACACUUCUGGGUUAUGUCACUAGGAGGCGCAGUUCCUCCACUAAAGACUCAGUGGUAAACCUCCAGCUCACAUGGAGCUGAGAGCAGGUUAACCCUACCCCCUCCAUU